UUUCCUACACUGAUCCAUUGCCAGCGUCUCUGCACAGCACAGGACGCCCCGUCUGGCCUCAGCUUCAUCUGCCCGGGCUUGGUAAACAGCAGCGGACCCUGCACGCACGGUACCCGGGUGGAUGAGAGACUGUCUAGAGGGUCGGUCGGCACCCACUAGACCCCUGGAAGCUGCUUGGCCCCCGCAGGAUAAAAGCGGUACAAGUCACAGGCAGACAUGGCUUUGAAGAUUGUCAAAGGGAGCAUCGAUCGGAUGUUCGAUAAAAAUCUUCAGGAUUUAGUACGUGGCAUUAGGAAUCACAAGGAAGAUGAGGCCAAGUACAUCUCCACAUGCAUCGACGAGAUCAAACAGGAGCUCAAGCAGGACAACAUCGCCGUCAAAGCUAAUGCCGUGUGCAAGCUCACCUACCUUCAGAUGCUGGGCUAUGAUGUCAGCUGGGCUGCUUUCAACAUCGUUGAAGUCAUGAGCUCCUCCAAGUUCACAUACAAGAGGAUUGGCUACCUGGCGGCCUCACAGUGCUUUCACGAGAGCACCGAUGUCAUCAUGCUGACAACCAAUCAGAUCCGAAAGGAUCUCAGCAGUCCCAACCAGUAUGACACAGGUGUUGCCCUCACUGGCCUCUCUUGUUUUGUGACCCCUGACCUGGCUCGGGACUUAGCCAAUGACAUCAUGACACUGAUGUCCCACACUAAACCCUACAUCCGAAAGAAGGCAGUGUUGAUCAUGUACAAGGUGUUUCUGAAGUACCCAGAGUCCCUGCGACCCGCUUUCCCCAGGCUCAAGGAGAAACUGGAGGACCCAGACCCAGGUGUCCAGUCUGCAGCAGUAAAUGUUAUCUGUGAGCUGGCUCGAAGAAAUCCGAAGAACUACCUGUCUCUGGCCCCGCUCUUCUUCAAACUCAUGACCUCGUCGACCAAUAACUGGGUUCUCAUUAAGAUCAUCAAGUUGUUCGGUGCGCUCACACCGCUGGAGCCACGGUUGGGGAAGAAGCUGAUCGAACCUCUGACCAAUUUAAUUCACAGUACCUCUGCCAUGUCUCUGCUGUAUGAAUGUGUCAACACUGUGAUUGCAGUGUUGAUUUCCUUGUCCUCUGGGAUGCCUAACCACAGUGCUAGUAUCCAGCUCUGUGUGCAGAAACUGCGAAUCCUGAUAGAAGACUCGGACCAGAACUUGAAGUACCUGGGCCUGCUGGCCAUGUCAAAGAUCCUGAAGACCCACCCCAAGUCAGUGCAGUCUCAUAAGGACCUCAUCCUCCAGUGUCUGGACGACAAGGACGAGUCCAUCCGCCUGAGAGCUCUGGACCUGCUCUAUGGCAUGGUUUCCAAAAAGAACUUGAUGGAGAUUGUAAAGAAACUGAUGCUGCAUGUGGACAAAGCAGAAGGAACCACCUACAGAGAUGAACUCCUCACCAAGAUCAUCGACAUCUGCAGCCAGAGCAACUACCAGUACAUUACCAACUUUGAAUGGUACAUCAGCAUCCUGGUGGAGCUGACCCGGCUAGAGGGCACACGGCACGGCCACCUCAUUGCCUCUCAGAUGCUGGAUGUGGCUAUCCGGGUCAAAGCCAUCCGGGCCUUUGCUGUUGCCCAGAUGGCCACUCUGCUGGACAACGCCCACCUGUUGACAGGCAACGUGCAGCGAAAGGGCAUCUGCGAAGUGUUGUAUGCCGCAGCCUGGAUCUGUGGUGAAUUCUCAGAACACCUGGAGAAUCCGAUGCAGACGCUAGAGGCCAUGCUGCGGCCUAAGGUUGCCACCCUACCGGGCCACAUCCAGGCAGUGUACGUACAGAACGCAGCCAAGCUGUUUGCCACGGUGCUGAAGAGCCAGGAGGGGAACACAGACGGCACAGCAGCACAGGAAACCAGCCAGCUGAUGAUCGACAGGCUGCCUCUCUUUGUCCAGAGCGCCAACCUGGAGGUGCAGGAGAGGGCGUCUUGCAUCCUGCAGCUGGUCAAGUACAUCCAGAAGCUGCAACAGAAAGAGGUAGAAGUAGCAGAGGAAGUCAUUGCUUUGUUCGCUGGAGAACUCAACCCUGUAGCCCCCAAGGCACAGAAGAAAGUGCCUGUUCCUGAAGGUCUGGACUUGGAUGCCUGGAUCAACGAGCCUCCAUCUGAGAGCGAGUCUGAGGAUGAGCAGCCCAAGGCUAUUUUUGCCAAGGAGGAGCCCAAACACUCCCGCCCCCGUCACACAGAGGUGGACGAGAAGGAGCUGGCGAGGAGGAGAGAAGCCAGAAAGCAGGAGCAAGCCAACAACCCGUUCUACAUCAAGGCCUCUCCAUCCUCUCAGAAGGUGUACCAGGAGGCCCCUGGAGUGGAGCACAUCCCAGUCGUACAGAUUGACCUCAGUGUGCCUCUCAAAGUCCCAGGUCUGCCUAUGUCUGACCAGUACGUGAAACUUGAGGAGGAGCGUCGGCAGAAAGAGAGAGCAGAGAAGAAGAAGAAAGAGAAGAAGAAGAGGAAAGAAAAGCGCAGCGGACGAGGGAAGAAACACGAUUCAGGCCCGGAAAGUGAGGAGGACAUCACGCCUGCGCACAUGGUCGACAUUGUUACCGAGGAGAUGCCAGAGAAUGCCUUACCCAGUGAUGAUGAUGACAAAGAUCCCAAUGACCCCCAUAAAGCCCUGGACAUCGACCUGGACAAGCCACUCGCUGACAGUGAGAAGCUGCCUGUCAGGUCACACCGUGCAGCAGAGGCUCUCAAAAGCCCGGCUGAGGACGGAGACGUGGAGAGUGCCGCUUCACAGGAGCCCAAGAAGAAGAGCAGCAAAGAAAAGCGUGAAAAGAAGAAGGAUAAAGACAGGGAUAGGAAGAAGAGCAAAGAAGAGAAGAAGAAGAAGAAACACAAACAUGAAGACAAAGGGGAGGAUCUUCUUGGGGAGCAGGCGGACGAGCCUGUGGUCCAAUCAGAAGAAAUUAAUGAGGUGGCUGCACCUCCCGCCUCCACCACUGCUGAGGUUUCGGAUCUGGAUUUCUGGCUCUCAAACGCUCCAGUGCCCUCUAACACCCAGGAAGCAGCAACAGUAGCAGCAGCAGCAGAAGCAGCCCCCGUGCCUGAGGCGGCCUCUGGCACAGCACCAGACUCCGAGCCCGAUGAGCCCAAAGACACCGAGAUGGAGGAGACGAAGUCCUCCAAACACAAGAAGAAGAAGCAGAAAAAGGAGAAGGAAGAGAAGGAGAAGAAAAAGAAGAAGAAGCACCAUCACCACCAUCACCACAGCGAAGGAGGGGGAGAGGAGUCGGUGCAGAACGGCACUGUGGAGGAGGAAGAGCCUCUGCCGCCCAUGUCCAAUUACUGCCUGCUGGCGGAGAACUCCUACAUCAAGAUGAUGAUGGAAGAUGCUGAUGAGGUGAACGACAUCCAGGGAAACCUGCAGGAUGGCAGCCAGGUGGUGGUGUCUGUUAUAUUUGAAAACAAGUGCGACAGCUUCCUCAAGUCCAUGGAGUUCAACGUGCUGGACUCUCUCAACUCCAAGCUGCAGAGGCCAGAGGGGUCAGGUCCACAUGACGGCCUCACCGUUCCCUUUCAACUUCCACCUGGGGUGUCCAAUGAAGCCCGAUUUGUCUUCACCGUACAAAGCAUCGUAAUGCCACAGAAACUGAAGGGAACCCUCACCUUCAUAGUAAAGAAUGAAGACUCCUCUACUCAUGAAAAACUGGACUUCAAACUGCACUUUACCUGCACCUCCUACCUAAUCACUACUCCUUGCUACAGUGAUGCGUUUGCAAAGCUGCUUGAGUCGGGCGACCUGAAGUGCAGCUCUGUCAGACUGGAGGGAGUCAACAUGCCCUUCCACCACCUACUGGCCAGGAUCUGCUUCCACCACCAUUUCUCUGUUGUGGAGAGGAUCGACUCCUGUGCCUCCAUGUACAGCAGGUCUAUCCAGGGUCACCACGUCUGUCUGCUGGUCAAAACUUCCGGCGAGACAGUGUCCAUUGACGCUAAAUGUGACGAGCCGACGCUGCUUGGGAAUGUGCUGGAUGAGAUCAAGCAGACCUUCUCUCAGUGCUGAUUGUGUCCGACAGCCCCAGGAUGCCCCCCCCCAUGCCACCCCUCCUCCCUCGCUGAAACACAACAUAAUCAUGUUACGAAACACUGCGGCUGGCACCACCAGUAUCGCCCUAUUUAUUAGUCCUCAGAUUUGCAACAUUUCUAUCCCCUUCCCUUCUUCUUCUUCUUCUUCUUCUUCUUCGGUGAUUGUCGCUCCGCACUCUGAGCUCUGUGGUCACUCCCCGACACUUGAUGUUGUUUUACAGACUCACUGUGUACAUGCGUCGUCUUCUCUGCAACGCACUUUUCAUCUUUACUUCCUGGUUUUCCAACCCCCCCCCCCCCCCCCCCCCCCCCCCCCCCCCCCCCCCCCCCCCCCCCCCCCCCCCCCCCCUCCCCAACAGCCACUAUGAUUCUGUACUGAGCUCCUGUUUCUGGAUGUCCUGCAUCCUCUGCUCUUUCCUGUGUACCUCUCUCCGCCAUCCACUCUGUCGGCAAUUCAGUUUGUGACUGUCAUGUAAUGUAAUGUUGACAACUGGACUUUUGCUGUUGAUGGUUGAAUUGUGAUUUUACUGUUUUGAAGGUUUUGUCUUCGGUUUUUUUUUUUUUUUUUUUUNCUUUUUUUUUUUUUUUUUUUUUGUCUGAAACCCGUCUGCGCCUUCGUCUCGCCCUCCUUCUCUCUGCCCACUAAACAUCAGUGUGCGUGCUGCUCGGCUUUUCUAGGCCUGGAAAAAAACUAUGUGACUGACUCUUUCUCAGACUGGUCCAAGCUGGAAACAAAUAGGGACUCUUAACCUGCUCACCCACCACUGACCUGGUGCCUGGAGAACACCAGACGCCGACCACCUGCAGCUUCAGUAGUGCAGAGAUGAAACCACAGCUACAUACAAGGCAUGGGGGGUUUAGACUUGCCCUACUUGCCUUUUGGCUCAGAGCAAAUCUGCCAGUGUUAAUUCAACACAAUCCUUGUGUGGCACUACGGGUGAUUUGUACAGUAGAUCAGUGGUUUUGCUCUGUGCCUUAGCGGCGCAGUCUGACCUACUCCGGCGCUCCAUGAGUCUCGUUGAGCCCCACCUCCCUCCCCAGUUCAUCUGCUCCCUCAUCAACUGUGCUAAACUGCAGUUUGAUUCCCCAAGAACUUCCAACAUAUCAUUUCCUCCAUGAAUCAAUUAAUUUGAAGGCAGGAGUGUAUAAAAAUGAAAUGAAACUCCAGGGUGGAAGUGUACAGUGUAAUGUGAGGGUCAGGCCGGUGCCACCUUUAUCAGCCUCCUCUUAAACUCACAUAGUUUGUAAAGAUGUUAUAUUACUGUAAUGCUCAGAAGGAUACAGUUAUAUGGUGCUGAGGGCCCUCGUUUGUGUCACCAUGUGGUCAAAUUAGUGACAGAAUAAUGAGGUGUAAAGAGAGCUGCUCAUGUUACAUCACUAUCCUGGGUAGGUCAAAUAUGGCUGGUUAAGGGACGACACUAUCAACCUGGCUGUAGUUUAAAACCUUCAGGUUCUCUGUGAGCAGAGGCUGUGAAGUGGUCGGUGGUUUUAGGUUCCCUUUCAAUCAGUAUUAGGCAACGUGUACGGAAGCCUCCACUCUGCUGUUUUGUCUGUUUUCAUGUGAAAUCAUGCGCCUGUGCCGCCGCGACGUUUGCAUCACAGUAGCUGCACCCGGACCCCCAGUGUUUCUUUCCCCCUUCAGAAACUGCCUUGCCAUUUUUUGUGCAUUGACAUAUGAUGAUGAACAUGGAUGGCUGUUGUUUUUUUCUCAAAAUGGCCGCCUCUUGGAGGUACUUGAUGUUUUAGUUUGUGUCAUUCAUGUCUGAUGUCACUACCCGGUCCAGCACGACUUAACCUCAUAGUAGCAGCAAGAUAAAAACUGACUCGGUAGCGUCUCUGAUCAUAUAUAUACCGGUAAGGCCCUCUUCACAUCUGUCUGCUGUUGUAGAUAAUGACUAUGAUAAUGAUGUCUGUGACCUGGAGAUCAGGUCAGCCAUUCCACGAGAUCUUCUGUGCAGUGGUAGAGUCUGAAUACAGAAGUGAUCGGCUGUAUUUCAGGAAUGUCAAUAGAAAAUAAGUAUAUGUAUUCCCUGUUCCUGGAAACGACUGAUGUAAGAAACUGAAAAAAAAAAAACCUCCCCUAAUCAUACAUUGUCCUGAUUCUGAUCAUUCUCCUGUGCAUAAUAUUUGAUUAAAAUUUGUAUAUUGCAUGAUUAGGAAUGUACACUUUUUAUUUCCUUUUUAUUUCUGUUCCAUCGACACACUUAGACAAAGAAAAACUCAUCAUUCCAUUUUGUCCUUUUUUUCUUUAUAGUUUUUUUUAUGAAGUUUACUUGACCAUUCUCUGUUUUUGAUGGUAUUGUGUUUUUAUCUAUUCUAAGUUCAGACAAUUAAAAAAAAAAAAAGGUUAUCGUUGAAUGUUUUAAAUUAUUAAACACGGGGAAGGAAGGGGGUUAUAUUCGGUGUCAUGGCACUGAGGGCGUGGGGCUCCGAAUAAUAAGUAAAAUAGGUCACAUGAAGCAGUGUACUGAGAGACGACCCACUCUGUCUUAAUUCUCUAUCGGUUCAGUUGUAGUGAGUUAUUUUACCAAGUUUGGCUUGUGACAUUGAAAUAUACUCUCGUAUGACUUUGACUUUUGGAAGGUCCUGUCUUUUUAUUUCUCCAUAUUCCAUUAUCAAGCUGUACAAUGUAAAUGUUUUAAAGGGGACAACAUAAAUUAUCUACAUUCCCUUUAAAGAAAGUCCACCCAAAUUAAAAAUAAAGGCUGUAAGAAUC